UGGUUCGUUGAAAAACUACGCACUAACGCAAAUCUGAAGCGUGGCGCGCAAACUCUGCUCCAUUCUAAUUUCUACUCACGAGAAGAAUCACGUCCCCAUUACCAAAUUUACCGGAAUACCCUUUUCUGUUUUUGCAUUAUUUCCUCUCAGUCAUUCAUUCGUUCAUGAACCAACCUUCCCACUUUCUCUCCAUGCCAUCAUUGCUCUGAAAGAAAACCUCGUACGGUAUCUAAAUGUCGGCUCCAGUAGACCAUUCAGAUAAAGGGGUUGGAGCUAUUCCCCAAUCUCCAGUUACCCCAAAUUGGACAAUUCAAGUUUCAGAUAUAAAAACAGUUAAGGUAAGCAAUGUAUCAGUGGCUACUACAGAGAAGGAUAUCAAAGAAUUCUUCUCAUUCUCUGGUGACAUUCAAUUUGUUGAGAUUCAAAGGGAAACUGAGAGUACUAAGACUGCAUAUGUUACCUUUAAGAGUACACAGGGAGCAGACACAGCAGUGCUAUUGACGGGUUCCAACAUAGCUAAUUCUUCUGUCACCAUCACACCUGUUGAGAACUACCAUCUGCCUCCUGAAGCUAUUCCGUCUAGUCCACAAACUCCUGCUGCUGUUAAGAAGGCUGAAGAAGUGGUGAGCACCAUGCUUGCAAAAGGUUUUGUUUUGGGAAAGGAUGCACUAAAGAGAGCCAAAUCCUUUGACGAACGUCAUCACUUGUUGUCAAAUGCUUCUGCAACCGUUGCUUCCAUCGAUCGCAAAAUCGGUUUGAGCGAUAAACUAAGUAUUGGAACAGCUAUAGUAAAUGAAAAAGUGAGAGAGAUGGAUGAAAAGUUUCAGGUUUCUGAGAAAACAAAGUCUGCUAUUGCUGUUGCCGAGCAAAAGGCGAGUGAUGCUGGAACUGCAAUCAUGAGCAAUCCUUAUGUAUCAACUGGAGCUUCGUGGGUCUCGAGCGCCAUUACGGCUGUUGCAAAGGCGGCUGAAGAUGUAAGCACAAUGACUAAGGAGAAGGUUGAAUUGGCUGAGGUGGAUAAGAAAGAGAUCAUUUAUAGUGAAAAGAAAAGUGCAGCUGAUGAAUUGUCACAUAUACACUCUGAGAAACCUUCAGCAGCUGAGAGUUCUCCAAAAGGGCCUGUUAUAUCAGGUGAAGAUAGUAAGUUGGCGAUUAUAUGAGACUUGAGUUGAUUCUCAAAUCUCAAUCCUUCACAUGCUCAUGAGUACAGUUGCUUUUGAUUUAGUUUUGCUUAGUUAUAGUGAGAGUCUUCAUUCAAUCUUCAACUGUUGGAAGUUUUUUCUUUGUGUGUGAUGAUAAUUCUUGUUGAUUUUGUAGUGAUGUAAAAGUUGUCUAACAGACAUGAUUCGUAAACGUAUAUGGAUGAACAUGUAUGAAAGGUUAUUAAUACUUAUCAGUCAAUAUAUGUACUAUGUUUUUGUUUGCUCUUUACA